UGCACCACUUCGCUUUCUCUCUCUGCAACAACAACUACUCUGCAACCAAAGCCCGCAACCCAGAAAGCGAUAUCUCCAAUGACGUAUUGACAGAUUCGAUACUCUUUCUCUCUCUCUCGUCCUUUUUAUUAUCUCUCUCCUCCCAACUCACAUGUCACUCCUCACUCAUACCACUCCUCCAAUGGUGAAAUCGCACCACACAACAUUACCACUACAACAAUGGCGUCCCUGACACCAGGUGUGCUCUCUAAACUUCUCCAAAAUGUAGGCAACAGCCACGUCAAGGUCGCCGGUGAGCACCGCUCUGCUCUGUUACAGGUCAUUGGUAUUGUCCCUUCUCUCGUCGGCGGCGACGAUCCUUGGCGUAGCAAGGGUUUCUUCUUGAGAGUCUCCGACUCCAUGCACUCGGCUUAUGUAUCCAUCUCCGACGACGAUGUCGAUUUGAUACUCAGCGACAAGAUCCAGCUCGGCCAGUUCAUCCACGUGGCUCGGCUCGACUCGGCGUCCCCUGUCCCCGUUCUCCGCGGCGUCAAGCCCGUGCCGAGGCGGCGGCCUUGCGUCGGGGAUCCCAAGGAUUUGAUUUCAAGCGAUUCGCUAGCGAUUCGGACCAAAGUGGAUUUCUCGAGUGGAGCGAAGAAGAUUGUGAAGAGAGUAGAGGGAAAGGCUAUGGCGAUGGGGAAAGAGAAGAGAUUAGUGUGCGAAGAGUCGAAGUUGAGAAGGCUUUCAAUGGAGAAUGCGAAGGUGGAGGGGAUGGAGUUGAGGAGGUUGAGUUUAGAUUCGACGCGGAGGGGUUGGGAUCGGAGUAAUGGGACUAAGGAGAGUCCACGAUCUCUGCCGCCUUCCAAAACCAAACAGAUUUCAAAAACUAAAAAGAUUUCCUCUUCUUCAGAUGCUGCUUCUGAGGUUCACUCCAUUCGGAAGGUUUCUUCUGAAAAGAAUUCAGCCUUGAAACAUCCAAAUUUGAGUAUUUCACCACUUAAAAACAAAAAUCAGAAUGUUUCACAGAAGUUAAUAACCAAGCCUUUAGGAAAAGAUUUGAAAUCAUCCUCUGAUGGUGCUCUACCGGGCCGUCUCUUUAAGGUACCCCUCAGUUUCAAAACUUGGUCAGAUCAGAAGGUUUUGUGGGAUUCACUUCCACAUACUAUUCAUGAUCUUGGGAAGGAAGCUAUGGGUCAUAGGGAUCUUGCAUUUUUGACUGCUGUACAUGCACUGGAAGAAGCAUCAGCUGCAGAGUCUGUCAUCCGAUGCAUGAGCAUGUUUGCAGAACUGUGCCAGUCCCCUCAGAAAUAUUCUGCAGGAAAAAUAGUAGAGCAAUUUUUGAACCUUCAUCAGGGUAUGCAGAAAGCAGCAUCUGUUGUUGAUACCUUACUCAGCACAAGGCUUCAGGAACCAAAAACCAGCCUUCGCUCUCAGUGCCCACCGCAAGAAAUGUGCGAAAAUUCCUCCAAUAAGAAUGCCAUAUCAUGGGUACUAGCUGCUGUGGAGACUGAUCUUUCUAAGAUCUGUUUGUUCAGAAAGGAAGACGAAAGGGAAAUUUCAAAUGGCGAGAAAUGCCACCUAGUUGUAUUGGAAAACGCUUCACAGAAAGUUGAGUUGGAGAACCAUUCUCCUCAAUGCAAGCGAAGCCCUAAUAAUCAUGGUAGUUCUUUGUCAGAGUCACGGUCAAAAGGGUCAUCUCCUACGCUGAGGCGUCUCUCGACCACUAAGAAAACAAAAACUGAAAGGGAGGAGUGGUCUAACGGGAGGGGAUUAAAAGAGGCAGCUGUUUUAGCAGAAAAACUGCUUGUGAUAUCUCGGGCAUGGUUCUUGAACUAUUUAGAGGAUUCAUUGAACAAGGGAUUUGGAGGAUCUGAAAUGGCAAGUCUCCUUGGGCAGCUGAAAAGGGUUAAUCAAUGGUUAGAUGGCUCAUUUGUGGACGGAAUUAGGACUGAUGGCAGAAUAGAGGGCUUGAGGAAGAAGUUAUAUGGAUUCCUACUGGAACAUGUUGAUUCUGCUGUUGUUGCAAGUAGGUAGGUAGUUGCUAUUGCUGACCGUGUCAAAUGGAGAUGUGAUUACUAUACAGCUAAAACAAAUUUAGCAUGCGGCUUUUAGUUUUACUGCAAAAGCUUUUGAAACUGUAUUUCUAACCUCAACUGAAUAAGAAAAGAAGUCUAGUUGUUUCACUGCAAAAGCUUUUGGACUGUAUUUCUAACUUAUACUGAUUAAGAAAAGAAGGAAAGUCGGGGAUAGAAGAAUGAGUUGGAAGCCUCAUUAUUCAA